UGUAGAAUGUGUCAUAAAUUUAGUUUUUAUUAUGUUUGAUGUUUGGGUGCAAGUGAUGACAAUGUUGAAUAAAUCUUAAGAAAUAUAAAAUAAAUAUUUAUAAAUUAUAUAUACCACGCCCCGACCGUUGCAUUCAUGCGGUCAUCGCAAAUACGCAAACUCAACAUUUGGCUUUGUCUUGUCAAACGGCGGAGAUAUUUGCUUUGGCCAUGAAUUAAACAAUGGCGACUGGUUUCGGUUUCAGCCGCGACUUCUAAUUCGCAUAAAUUUAUUAUUAAAAACAAAACCAACAAAAAAAAAUAUUAAGCGUUAGUCAAAAAUUAUGUUUCACUUUGACAAUAUAAACGAAAUAUUAUUAAAAUUUAGUGUCUAAUGUGCCUUAAUUGACAUUAAUUAAGAAAACAGAAACGAAAAAAAAACGAGACAAUGUGACAAAAUAAUAAAUAUGAAAAAAUGAAUUAAGCCUUAACUUAAAUACCAGAUAGUUAUAGUUAUAUAAACAAAUGUUUUUUUAAUAAAACAAAUAAUUAAAUGUGUGCUAAUUGUGAUGUGUAAUGUUUUGUAACAGCUGCGGCAAGAACAAAAAAGAAUGAGCAGCAAAAAUUUUUCACCCCCCAACGCAAAGUGACAAACAAAAAAAUUAUUGCAGAGUUGUUUUUGUAAUUACAUAAUCCAACAACUAUAAACAAACCAUGCCAAAUAAACACUCGCACAUAAGUUUAAAAAUAAAUAUUUUUAUAUAAAAAUAAAGUACUACACCCAACAGAUAUAAAAGGAAAAGAGAGAUUUAUUUAAAUAACAUUAAUAUAAUUUGCUGCAUUAUUGCGGUAGCGGGGGAUCUAGUCUACUACUGUCACCCAUUUAGUGUCUUCACAUAUUUUCGCAAACAAAAACAAAACAAAAAAAAAACAAAAACAAAAACAAUUGCUGUCUAAAAUAAAUAAAAACACUCCACCAUCACCACCACCACCGGCGCUCCACCAUUCUUUAAUAACAGCAACAGAGAUUAUAACUUGGCCUUGUGCAAAAUUUUGAAAUUGUUAUGGAAAAAAAUGUGGCGCCGCCAAUUAAAUCCGGCGAGCAUCGAUUUUAUCAAAUGGAUGUGGAUGCAGGGAAUAGUAAUGACAGCAGCAACACCAAAAACAGCUGUGACAACACCACUAACAGUAGCUGCAGCAACACCACCACUGUCAGCAGCUCUAAUGGUGUUCUGAAGAAUGCCUUUAUAGUUGACUCUACUGCCAUAGCUACCGCGAAUGCCUUGUUAUUGGAAGACUUGGCUUUUGAUGCCAACAUUACAACAUCGUGUACAACGAAACAAGUGCCACCGCCAACAUCACCAUUAAGUGCCGAAACCAGUGACUUAAAUUGGUUAAAAUUUUGUGAUGAAACAGCACAAUUGGAAUACGAAGAUGAAAUGCUCUGUUCAAGUCCAAAUAGUACGACCUCGACAAAUGAUUUUGUUGGUGUGGGUGUUAUGAGUAUGAAUGGUAGUAGUAGUAGAGUUAGUUGUAGUACUAAUAAUGCUACUGCUAACAGCCAAAACCAUACAACCUCUGCUCAAGACCAUGAGUUACUCAAUGAAAAUGAGCAACUCUUAUUUGAAGUUUUAUGUGGUAAUCGUGUUAGCCAGAUGACUCGUGCAUAUGACGACAUUGAAGCUGUGACGCGUCUUCUCGAAGAGAAAGAAAAGGACUUGGAACUGACAGUUCAAAUCGGGAAGGAACUAUUGACGCAAAAUAAUACACUUGAGAAUCGUAUUACCGAACUGGAAGCUGACUUAAAAUCAUCCAACGAUGAUCGAGCUCAACUAAUACACGACCUGCAUAGCAAAAACGAAUUGAUAGCAGUACUUACGAAUCAUGUGGAUGAUGGCAGUGAUGUUGAUACCCCAACUUUUUCCAAAUCGAUUACAGUCGAUCUGCUACACAAGAAAAUUUCCUCAUUGCAGGAUGAGAACAAAACGUUGAGAGUAGAAGUGACACAAUUAAAUAAUCAAACGGAUGCUGUCGAAGCUCACGAACGUAAACUAAUGGAGGAAAUUUCUUCACAAUUAAACGAUGCUAAUAGCCAAUUUGAUAAUCUCAAUUUGGAGCUUGAACGGCAACGUGAGGAAAAUCGUUUGCAACAUGAACAAAUAGUUAGUUUGACAGCGCGUCUAGCGGAAGCUGAAAUGCGUUUACAUCAAUUGACGCACGAUAAUGAUGAACACGUUACACUUUUGAAUAUCACAAAAGAAAAUCAAAAUUCACUAGCUUUGGAAUUGGUUGAAUUUAAACAACGUUAUCAGGAAGUGUUAGCUUUACUACAAGAAACACAAGAGCAAUUACGCAAGCAACGUAAAAAGGCUAUGCCUGUGGUGCGCAGUUCAUUUUUAUCAGUUGGUUCUGGUGUGCUACAAUCUGAAUCAUUACAAUCGGAACUCAUGGAAUCAUCAUUAUUCUCAGAAAACAGUCUUGACUCAGGCAUAUCGGGCGAUAGUCACCGUAUAAAUGAUCGCAUUGGUCGUCUAAUGUCACAAACGCCUGGCGUAUAUGGUGGCGGAGCUGGUGUUGGUUAUGGUGGUGGUAUUAACAGUUCUGUGCCUCCAUACAAACGUGUUUUCGAAACAGUGCGCUGUGCAACAAAGUCUGGUUGCUUUUCAGAUGGUGAGAAUAUGAAUAUAUCACAAAUUGGUGCUAUGUCUAUGAGCAGUUCGUCAGGCCCGCGUAUGUCAGCAGCAGCAUAUGGCUCACAUCCAGCAGGUUCGUUUUAUCGUAAUUCAUUAUACGGUAGCAGUUCUGGUUUGGUGAAGACGCUAUCAUGUGAAAGCUUAGUUUCGCAAUCUGAUGAUGAUUAUCCUGCCUGUGCACCGGGAAUACCUGGCGUGCCAGGUGCAAAAGAUUUAGAAGCAGCAUUAAAACGACUGACACCUGGCGAGGUUUUGGCAAGACGCGCAAUGUUAUCCUAUGCACCAGCAGGCACAUAUAAUUAUGAUGAGCAACCAGCUACUGGAUUACCGCUUGGUAUACGUACGCCAGAUAGCAUUAUGUCAACGGGCUCAUCAGGUGUUUCAUCAACGAACAUGUCAGGCUCUAUGCAACAGUGGCGUCUUCCAGAAAAACUGCAAAUUGUUAAACCAAUUGAAGGUUCACAAACACUACAUCAUUGGAGUCGUCUUGCCACACCAACAUUGAGUGGUCUGCUUGAAGAACGACCGGGAGUUACCAUACGUGGUGGUCGCGGACUUGAUGAUUUAGGUAUGCAAAUCUACACGUUGUCUGAUGUAGAAGAAGAUGUUAGUGAUGAUUUGCCUGGUAAACAAUUUGAAGCAACAGGCAGUACAUUCACAUAUACAACAAGUGUAGUUAUGCAUCCUGACGAUGGGCUUGUGACUGAUUUAUCAUUUUUGUCACAAUCGCAAAUGUCAUCGCGUAUGGCCUCCACUUCAACUUCACGACAGCCAAGUUGCCCACCUACACCAAGAUCUGGUUUAUCACGUAAAAAUUCCUGCUCUACAUUCUCAGUUAAUUUGGGUUUGGCAUCAAUGUUAAAUGAACGUGGUAUUAAAGCUGUAACUCCUAGUGCACUAAAUACACCCGCUGGUCCUAACUUUACACCAACUGUAACGCCUUGUAAUAGUCCCGAGGGUUCACCAACACGAUCUAUGUCACCUGAACCACUUUUUAGUCUCUUGUCAACUGGUGCUGAUCUUAUUAAAAAGAAGCUUGCUUUUCCGGAUUCUGAUAGACCAAAUCGAAAUCAACAAAAACAGCAAAAGAUAAUGUUAUCACGUCUGGAAAGGCGUGCCCUGCGCUCAUUGAGAUUAGUGGAAAAAGUGGAAAGUCUUGGCUUAGAAAAUAUCAUUGCAACACAACCUAGCGCUAUGUCACAAUUAGCGAGCGGUAUAGCAAAUCGUAGCACUAGUCCAAUGGGACAAUAUGGUAGCCUGAAACACAUGCACACUAGCGCCAAUGGCGUGACAAACGAUUUACAUUUUGAUCGUGGUCACAUUAAGAAUGUACUACACAAAGGACUUACUGCACCCCUCUCAGAUGCAUCCAGCAGUUCCAGUGCAUACAAUAGCGACACCGAUGAUUAUGCUUUCGGUGAAAGUAAUAAAUAUGCAGCAGCGGCAAAAAGUGAUAAACAACAAGCCAAAGAAAAAAAUAAUAAAUCCGCACAAAAAGCAGCAGCAGCAACAGCAACAGCAGCAAGCACAAGUCAAAUACCACAACAACAACUACAACAGCAGCAACAACAACAACAGCAGACACAACAGUCACAACCAACCUCUGCAACUGAGAUUAGAGUUAAACAGAUGCAACGACAGAAGUCACGUCGUAAUAUGAAAAAUGGUAUGGUACAAAGACCAGAUUUGGGUACUAUCGGUGGACGUGUGCGCACAGAUUUGGGUCAAGUGUCACCGCCGCUUAAAAAUGAAAAAAAUGCACAAAAAACCAGCUCAGGAGCAAUAUCUAAAGGUAAACAUGGCAGUGGUGUGGUACAGUCUUGUGAAGAGAAUAAAACCACAACGACGCAAGUAAAUGGCAGUGGUCCCAAAGAAACACAGAGUAUCACACAAUCUUUUGUGGGUACAGUAAGUUCCUUGCUGUUUGGACGUAAAGGAGGUUGGCUGUAAAUACUAGAAUUUUAUGUGGUAAUUUUACUAAUAAUUAUUGUUUUUAUUUAAGUAGUACUGAAAAAAUUAAAAAAUCAAGUAAAACAUAGAACGAACUAAGCAAAAGAUCAGACACUGAACAAGGUAGGAUUAAUGAAUGAAGGUCCUUAGAGACGCAAAACAAACCAAAUAAGCAAAGCAAAACAAAUGGUGCACUUAUUAAAGUUAGCAUUUUUGAAUAGUGAUUGAAGUUGACAAAAUAUUUUUAAUUAUUCGAUACAAUAAUACUUGGAUGCGUGCGCAGUGGGUAUGAAAAGUAAAAGUCGCGGCGACAUGCUGUGAUCCACCUAUCAAUUUCAUUGUCAGCAGUUUAUGUAUGACGCUUUUCACAGAUACCACCUGUGCACAACCACAACAUCCUUGACGCGAUGGUUUUAAUUUAUUUUUUAUUUUUAUUUUAUUUUUUAUGAAUAAUUAACUUCAGGAUAUAUUUUGUUAAACACUUUUAUUUAACACUAGCCAAUAAAUGUAAAUAUAUUAUAUUUUCGCUUUGUGUGGUUUUCAAAUCUAAACAGAUUCUU